AUGGACCGCUUUCACCCCUACAACUUCAAGACGGAAUAUACCCGCAAGCCCACUCCCAAGUGCCCGUCAUGGGCCACACUGUCCGCCACCAAGGUCACAAACAUGGACGGCUCAACGGUGGAGGGAUACCUCACCGUUUUCCAGAGCGGUGGGCAGUACGAGGCCAUGUGGUCUUGGGUGCCCGAGACGCUGAAUGUACGCGGUGACGACACGAUUGCUGGGGUUAUGCGCAUCUUCGCCCGCAUGACCAACACCACCCUUACAGGACGGGGAAACCCGUUCUGGUUCGAGAACGCUGACGGAGACGCAUACGAUGAGCCGUCCGUAUACGACGUUAUCAACACGGGCGGGCGCGUGCGCGUCGUCAUGAAAUCGAACAAGUACAAGCCCCCGGCGAAGGGAAAAGAACCCGAACCUAAGGCUCCGGCAUCGAAAGCCAAGUCUCCAGCCAAGACCGCUGCCACUAAGGCCCCCGCGCCGAAGGCUACCAAAGCGCCGGAGAAGGUCGACAAGUCCAAGAUUGCAACCAAAGGACUCGAUGCCAUUACGGGAGAACUGUACCUCUCGGACGCUCGUGACAAGUGCCGCGUGACAUGGUCGCACACGAACCGCGAGCUGAUCGUGCCAUGGACCGACACGGCCGAGGGCGUGCUCCGCAUCUUUGCGUUCAUCAUGGGGUACAAGGUCGGGUCGGGGAAGAGCGCGAUCCUGUGCGAGACGCGUGCGGGGAUGACACUGCCUGAUCCCACGAUGCGCCAGAUUAUGGACGCAGGUAAGAUGGUCAAGGUCAGCAUGAAGCGGGGGAAGGAAUGA